GGAGAGGUGGGAAUUUGUGGAGCCCCUCUCUUCUUCCGAUGCCGAUUCCAAGAUCUUAGAGAGGACGAGGAGGAGGAGGCGCCGUCCCCAAUCCUUCUUCGAUCGAGAAGGGAAUGGAGUCGGACGUCGGAAAGCUAUUUAUCGGGGGGAUUUCGUGGGACACCAAUGAGGACCGGCUCCGCGAGUACUUCGGAAGCUUUGGGGAGGUGGUGGAAGCUAUGAUCAUGAGGGAUCGGACCACCGGCCGGGCCCGUGGAUUCGGUUUCAUUGUGUUUGCAGACCCUGCCGUCGCGGAGCGAGUCGUCGCGGAGAAGCACAUGAUCGAUGGGCGCAUGGUCGAGGCAAAAAAAGCUGUUCCUCGUGACGACCAGAGUGGCCUCAGCAAGAGCAACAGCAGCGCGCAUGGCUCACCUGGCCCGGGACGUACCAAGAAGAUAUUUGUUGGGGGACUGGCUUCCACUGUGACGGAAGCCGACUUCAAGAAGUACUUCGAUCAGUUCGGCACGAUCACCGAUGUUGUCGUGAUGUACGACCACAACACGCAGAGGCCAAGGGGGUUCGGUUUUAUCACGUACGACUCUGAGGAUGCCGUCGACAAGGCAUUAGUCAAUACCUUCCAUGAAUUGAAUGGUAAGUUGGUUGAGGUCAAAAGAGCGGUUCCGAAAGAACUGUCCCCUGGGCCCACCAUGCGGAACCCACCGAUUGGGGGUUAUAACUUAGCAGUGAGUAGGGCCAAUAGCUUUCUCAGUGGGUACAACCCUGGGUAUAGUCCGAGCUCUAUUGGUGGCUAUGGGAUGAGAAUGGAUGGCAGAUUUGGGUUUCUUGGCGGUGGUGGGCGUAAUGGGUACCCUCCCAUCAGUGCUGGUUAUGGUAUUGGCUUGAAUUUCAAUCCAGGCACGAGCCUAAGUUUUGGUAGUAGCUCGAAUUUUAGUAAUAAUGGCCUUCAGUAUGGACGGCAACCAAGGCUUUAUCACAACGGGAGCUUAAGUAGAUAUAAUAGUAGUAGCGGUUAUGGAGGGGCUAAUGAAAAUUCUAGUUCAAUGUUUAAUUCAUUGUCUCGUAUAUGGGGUAAUGGCAGUCUUAACUAUAAUACAAGUUCUGCAAGUUCUAAUGGCUUCAUGCCAUCUGCAAGUGGAGGUUUAGGUGGAUUUGGCAAUAAUGAUGGUGUGAAUUGGGGAAGUUCGUCUCCUAUUUCUGCUCAGGGAAUGGGGAGUAGUUCAGAAUAUGCAAAUGCAAAUCUGAGUUUUGGAAUUGGGGAGAUUAGUAAUGCAGGUAUGGGUGCCAAUAGGUUUGAAAGGAACAGUGGGGGUGGUAUCGCCGACGAUUCUUUUAAUGUAUCUAGCAAUGGGUAUGAAAGUAAUUAUGGGGAUCAAUACGGUAGUAGUAGCUCGAUAUAUGGGGACACAACCUGGCGGACUGCAUCUUCUGAGCUUGAUGGGCCGGGCUCAUUUGGUUAUGGGCUUGGUGAUGCACCUUCAGAUGUCACAGACAAGGGUUCAGCUGGUUAUAUGGGCCGCUAUAAUGUUACUAGUCAAACAAAUAGAGGAAUCGCUACGUAGGAGGAUCAUUCUUUCACUACUGAGCUUGUUAUAGGUGAAGAAUCUCAUCGAAUCUCAGGUGCAUGGUUGUGAAUUUCAGAAAUACCAACAUAAAUAUUGGUUCGUUCGCCUUUUGAUUCUAACCACAGUUGGUUUAUGAAACUCGAAAUCUCGGACAAUUCAAACAAUUGGGUCUUUUUGUUUUCGCAUAAGGCUUGAGAUUUUUUUUUUCUCAGUUCCAUUUUCCAACAGCGAGUUUAGGUUUUUUUCGUCACUUUUGGCUUUUGAUUGAGGUUGUGAAGUGGGAUUACGGGAUGUAUUCAGGAAAGUGUUUAUGUAUGUUGUGGGUGUGCCCUAUGAACUUUUUUUUAUACGAAAAAAGAGGGGGGAAGAGAACUGUAAUAUGUUGUUUAUCAUUGGAGAUCAUCUGGUUGAGUUUCUAGUAAAAACUUUGGGGGAUAUUUUUAUCCCCUAUGAAUAAGGCUUUGCCGCACUAUAUUCUAAACUAA